AUGGAAGAAUUGCUGGCCAAACACCGAAAAGAACAGAAAGAUGUCCAAGCGCGAAUUACGCAGAAGAAAAAGUCUGCCACCAAGAAGACCCGCAAAGGCGUGAAUGAUGAGUGCGAAACUCUUCAACGGGAGCUUACUGAGCGGCAUCAAGCAGAGAUUGCGGCCCUGAAUGGCGAGCAUGCCCAACCAGUCGAUGGCUUCGAGGACCUUAGUCUCAAUGAAUCGGGAGAAGGCGACGGAGCUACAGGUGAAAAAGAUACAAAUGAGGAUCUGGAAAAAGCGGACAAAACCCCCGAUACGAAUAAUUCUUCAACACCGGAACCGGCCCCUGCCGCACGAGGUAAGAAACCGAAUCGACAGAAGGCCCGUCUUGCACGUCGCGCGGCCGAACAAGCGGCCCAAGCAGAUAUUGCCGCCGAGGAGGCUUCAAAACAAACAAACCAUCGUGGAAACGAACAGGAUGUUAUGAACGGUGUUUUCAAGCAGUUCGAUCUGAGCGAAAUUGAGAUCAACCCAGAUGGACACUGUCUCUACUCAGCCAUUGCCAAUCAGUUGGAUGAGUCAGGGAUCGGUUUGACGCCUGAUCCUAAGAGGAUUGCCCUGCAAUCUACCACACAAUCUCGCGUGGAUACCGUUACCUCGCCGAAACAUGAUGGAUAUCGGGCGGUCCGAGCAGUGGCGGCAGAUUUUAUCGUUGAGCACAAGGACGAUUUUGAGGCGUUUAUGGAAGAACCAUUUGAUCAAUAUACUCGGAAAAUCAAGCUUACGGCAGAAUGGGGAGGCCAAUUGGAACUACUUGCGAUUUCGAGAGCAUACGGUGUCAACUUCAACGUCAUCCAAGGAGAUGGUAGAAUCGAAAAGAUUGAGGCUGGUGACAUCGAGGAAUUCGAAGAAGAAGAGAGGCAAAAGAGGGUGUUUUGGCUGGCAUACUACAGACAUACCUACGGGCUUGGGGAACAUUACAAUGCCCUUGUGAAGAAACCUUAA